AUUACUGUAUUCCAAAAAUAUUUGGGGAAUGCAAAUAUUCGUGAAGACGUUGACUGGUAAGACGAUUACGUUGGAGGUUGAGCCUAGUGAUACUAUUGAGAAUGUGAAAGCUAAAAUUCAAGACAAAGAAGGUAUUCCUCCUGACCAACAACGUUUGAUAUUCGCUGGUAAGCAGUUGGAAGAUGGACGUACUCUGUCUGACUACAACAUCCAGAAAGAGUCGACUCUGCAUCUUGUCCUUCGUCUACGUGGUGGAAUGCAAAUCUUUGUGAAGACGUUGACUGGUAAGACGAUUACGUUGGAGGUUGAGCCUAGUGAUACUAUUGAGAAUGUGAAAGCUAAAAUUCAAGACAAAGAAGGUAUUCCUCCUGACCAACAACGUUUGAUAUUCGCUGGUAAGCAGUUGGAAGAUGGACGUACUCUGUCUGACUACAACAUCCAGAAAGAGUCGACUCUGCAUCUUGUCCUUCGUCUACGUGGUGGAAUGCAAAUCUUUGUGAAGACGUUGACUGGUAAGACGAUUACGUUGGAGGUUGAGCCUAGUGAUACUAUUGAGAAUGUGAAAGCUAAAAUUCAAGACAAAGAAGGUAUUCCUCCUGACCAACAACGUUUGAUAUUCGCUGGUAAGCAGUUGGAAGAUGGACGUACUCUAUCUGACUACAACAUCCAGAAAGAGUCGACUCUGCAUCUUGUCCUUCGUCUACGUGGUGGAAUGCAAAUCUUUGUGAAGACGUUGACUGGUAAGACGAUUACGUUGGAGGUUGAGCCUAGUGAUACUAUUGAGAAUGUGAAAGCUAAAAUUCAAGACAAAGAAGGUAUUCCUCCUGACCAACAACGUUUGAUAUUCGCUGGUAAGCAGUUGGAAGAUGGACGUACUCUGUCUGACUACAACAUCCAGAAAGAGUCGACUCUGCAUCUUGUCCUUCGUCUACGUGGUGGAAUGCAAAUCUUUGUGAAGACGUUGACUGGUAAGACGAUUACGUUGGAGGUUGAGCCUAGUGAUACUAUUGAGAAUGUGAAAGCUAAAAUUCAAGACAAAGAAGGUAUUCCUCCUGACCAACAACGUUUGAUAUUCGCUGGUAAGCAGUUGGAAGAUGGACGUACUCUGUCUGACUACAACAUCCAGAAAGAGUCGACUCUGCAUCUUGUCCUUCGUCUACGUGGUGGAAUGCAAAUCUUUGUGAAGACGUUGACUGGUAAGACGAUUACGUUGGAGGUUGAGCCUAGUGAUACUAUUGAGAAUGUGAAAGCUAAAAUUCAAGACAAAGAAGGUAUUCCUCCUGACCAACAACGUUUGAUAUUCGCUGGUAAGCAGUUGGAAGAUGGACGUACUCUGUCUGACUACAACAUCCAGAAAGAGUCGACUCUGCAUCUUGUCCUUCGUCUACGUGGUGGAAUGCAAAUCUUUGUGAAGACGUUGACUGGUAAGACGAUUACGUUGGAGGUUGAGCCUAGUGAUACUAUUGAGAAUGUGAAAGCUAAAAUUCAAGACAAAGAAGGUAUUCCUCCUGACCAACAACGUUUGAUAUUCGCUGGUAAGCAGUUGGAAGAUGGACGUACUCUGUCUGACUACAACAUCCAGAAAGAGUCGACUCUGCAUCUUGUCCUUCGUCUACGUGGUGGAAUGCAAAUCUUUGUGAAGACGUUGACUGGUAAGACGAUUACGUUAGAGGUUGAGCCUAGUGAUACUAUUGAGAAUGUGAAAGCUAAAAUUCAAGACAAAGAAGGUAUUCCUCCUGACCAACAACGUUUGAUAUUCGCUGGUAAGCAGUUGGAAGAUGGACGUACUCUGUCUGACUACAACAUCCAGAAAGAGUCGACUCUGCAUCUUGUCCUUCGUCUACGUGGUGGAAUGCAAAUCUUUGUGAAGACGUUGACUGGUAAGACGAUUACGUUGGAGGUUGAGCCUAGUGAUACUAUUGAGAAUGUGAAAGCUAAAAUUCAAGACAAAGAAGGUAUUCCUCCUGACCAACAACGUUUGAUAUUCGCUGGUAAGCAGUUGGAUGAUGGACGUACUCUGUCUGACUACAACAUCCAGAAAGAGUCGACUCUGCAUCUUGUCCUUCGUCUACGUGGUGGAAUGCAAAUCUUUGUGAAGACGUUGACUGGUAAGACGAUUACGUUGGAGGUUGAGCCUAGUGAUACUAUUGAGAAUGUGAAAGCUAAAAUUCAAGACAAAGAAGGUAUUCCUCCUGACCAACAACGUUUGAUAUUCGCUGGUAAGCAGUUGGAAGAUGGACGUACUCUGUCUGACUACAACAUCCAGAAAGAGUCGACUCUGCAUCUUGUCCUUCGUCUACGUGGUGGAAUGCAAAUCUUUGUGAAGACGUUGACUGGUAAGACGAUUACGUUGGAGGUUGAGCCUAGUGAUACUAUUGAGAAUGUGAAAGCUAAAAUUCAAGACAAAGAAGGUAUUCCUCCUGACCAACAACGUUUGAUAUUCGCUGGUAAGCAGUUGGAAGAUGGACGUACUCUGUCUGACUACAACAUCCAGAAAGAGUCGACUCUGCAUCUUGUCCUUCGUCUACGUGGUGGAAUGCAAAUCUUUGUGAAGACGUUGACUGGUAAGACGAUUACGUUGGAGGUUGAGCCUAGUGAUACUAUUGAGAAUGUGAAAGCUAAAAUUCAAGACAAAGAAGGUAUUCCUCCUGACCAACAACGUUUGAUAUUCGCUGGUAAGCAGUUGGAAGAUGGACGUACUCUGUCUGACUACAACAUCCAGAAAGAGUCGACUCUGCAUCUUGUCCUUCGUCUACGUGGUGGAAUGCAAAUCUUUGUGAAGACGUUGACUGGUAAGACGAUUACGUUAGAGGUUGAGCCUAGUGAUACUAUUGAGAAUGUGAAAGCUAAAAUUCAAGACAAAGAAGGUAUUCCUCCUGACCAACAACGUUUGAUAUUCGCUGGUAAGCAGUUGGAAGAUGGACGUACUCUGUCUGACUACAACAUCCAGAAAGAGUCGACUCUGCAUCUUGUCCUUCGUCUACGUGGUGGAAUGCAAAUCUUUGUGAAGACGUUGACUGGUAAGACGAUUACGUUGGAGGUUGAGCCUAGUGAUACUAUUGAGAAUGUGAAAGCUAAAAUUCAAGACAAAGAAGGUAUUCCUCCUGACCAACAACGUUUGAUAUUCGCUGGUAAGCAGUUGGAAGAUGGACGUACUCUGUCUGACUACAACAUCCAGAAAGAGUCGACUCUGCAUCUUGUCCUUCGUCUACGUGGUGGAAUGCAAAUCUUUGUGAAGACGUUGACUGGUAAGACGAUUACGUUAGAGGUUGAGCCUAGUGAUACUAUUGAGAAUGUGAAAGCUAAAAUUCAAGACAAAGAAGGUAUUCCUCCUGACCAACAACGUUUGAUAUUCGCUGGUAAGCAGUUGGAAGAUGGACGUACUCUGUCUGACUACAACAUCCAGAAAGAGUCGACUCUGCAUCUUGUCCUUCGUCUACGUGGUGGAAUGCAAAUCUUUGUGAAGACGUUGACUGGUAAGACGAUUACGUUGGAGGUUGAGCCUAGUGAUACUAUUGAGAAUGUGAAAGCUAAAAUUCAAGACAAAGAAGGUAUUCCUCCUGACCAACAACGUUUGAUAUUCGCUGGUAAGCAGUUGGAAGAUGGACGUACUCUGUCUGACUACAACAUCCAGAAAGAGUCAACCUUACAUCUUGUUCUGCGCCUACGUGGAGGCAUGUGAUUUCUGUUAAAGUAAAAUUGAAAAAUAAAUUUUAGUUUGAUUUUA